AUGGAAUUUUUUGGUUUGUUUCAGACUUCACUUGACGAGGCUACUGACUCUUGGGGAAUUAAAGUUGAGAGAGUUGAGAUAAAGGAUGUGAGGCUCCCGGUGCAAUUACAGAGAGCGAUGGCCGCAGAAGCUGAGGCAGCCAGAGAAGCGAGGGCUAAGGUUAUUGCUGCUGAAGGUGAACAAAAAGCAAGUCGUGCUCUUCGAGAAGCUUCUGAAGUUAUUGGAGAUUCACCUGCUGCUCUUCAGCUAAGAUAUCUGCAGACACUCAAUACCAUUUCUGCUGAAAAGAAUUCAACUAUUGUAUUCCCGCUCCCGAUUGAUAUGCUAACAUACUUCAUGAAAGCAAGAGAAGCAUUUUAGUCAGGUGGGCUGGCAACAUUCUACUUGUCAGUGUUUCACUUUUAUAGUCAG